CUGCUUGGUCCCGCCAAUGUAGAGGUCAUUGCACUCCUCUAGUCACUGCGCCACAUAAAAAGCAUUGCUGCGUUUGCGUCAUGGGAUUUUAUCCUUGGGUUGAACGAGCUCUUGUCUGAAGCGUGUCAAUGGGUUUGAAAUACAUUUAUGUUAUUUUUGCAGACAAUCCUUCUGAGUGUUUUUUCCCCCAGCCAGGAAGCCAAGGACCUACCACAUUCCGCCUCGUUUGUUUUUUCAGGCACAGGUGUAGUGACAAAGAUUGUCUCAUUCCACAGGAAGAGUGUGCCCCUAACGAGCCGUUUUGCUGCCAGGCGACAGAACAGGUAUGCAGAAUGACCGUUCACCAGUCACGGCGGUUGAGCCACAACAACAACAACAACAACACCCGAAUGUCUUUGUCGUGAUCAGCAAGGGCCGAGGGGGAGCCGACCUGCAGGAAGGAGGAUACCGAGGCCAUGAUACAAUUAGUGAAGGCGGCACUGCAAGAGCACAGCAAAACAGGAGGUUGAGCUCUUCCCAGUGGAGAACAUGGACAUCUUUGAGACAGAUGCUUAUGACAGGCGGCAGAGAAGAAACACGUCCCGCGCGCUGCUCUUCUCUCUCACACCUUUCUUUUUGGCCUCAGCCGUGUACUUCUACCUGUGGACUCCAGACUCCCCAGCAUCCAUCAUACUGGCGGGUGUCAAAUCGGCACCGGCGCUUCUGCUGGCCGUGGCAGUGCUGAGCUGGAAUGGAGGUCAGAGUGUACCGGGUGUGGUGGGAGGACUUGUCCUCUCAGCUGUGGGCGACUGCUGCCUGGUGUGGCCUGAGCUUUUCCUCCAUGGAAUGGCUGCAUUUGCACUGGCUCAUCUUCUCUACUCCGUCACCUUUCUCUCAUCCCGUUAUGAGCCAUAUUCAUCCUCCUCCUCAUGGACUGGCCUGCUAUAUCUGAUCCUGGUUGUGAUUGCAGGAGGUGUUUACACAUACUUGUUUCCAUUUUUGCAGAAGAACCCAAACUCAGACCUCAUAACUCCUGCUGUAGGGGUCUACAUUGUCUUAAUCACAAUCAUGGCAAUAUUAGCCAUCAGGACCCGUCGUGCAUUUACACUAUUAGGAAGUUUGUCCUUCAUGGUGUCUGACCUUGUGUUGGCUUUUCAAGAGUUUAAGGUGACCGCAUCUGUGGAACACAGUAACACCGUUGUCAUGGUGACAUAUUACUUAGCGCAACUACUAAUUAGUGUCGGGGACAUGAGGGCAGUGGAAAACAAAAAUGACUUUGCAAAAUGGAAGAGGUCCUAGCCAAUAUUCAUGCAGCAUUCCUAACUUUGGAAGCAUCCAGAGUAACAUACUACUGCCUAAUACUUGUAGCUGCUGGAUGAUGACGACACUGAAAUGUAAAAAUGUUUGUAUUGUAUGUAUUGGAUAUUGCUUUAAAAUGAUAACUAAAAAUGUUUCUGACUAAUUUUAUUGCCAUAUUUGAAUAUAACAGUGACAUUUAAAUUCAUAUUUAAGCAAAAGCUGUUGUGAGCUUGCUAUAGCUAUAAAAAUACUCUUUGUUCAUAAAU